AUGGAAUUAACCGCUUUUCGUCAUCAAGUAGGAGGACAUUUUGGAAUACUAUCAUGUAAUGGACACGUCGCAAAACCAUCGAAUCUGCGAGAAAUGGCAUUUUACAAAGUGAUGAACACGGAGUUGAAGUACUUUUCGCCGGCGUUUUGCAAAGAAGUCGAUGUGCGAGCGUCCGUCAACCCGGCAACCGGUCAAAUCGUCGUCGAAACACUCGAAAAACUCGAAUGUCACAAGAAGAAGUCAUCAAGUAAACAUGAGCGAUCAUCCACCGGCUUCCGACAAACCGCCGACGGUCGUGUCACCGUGGAUACCGAGAAACAAUGGAAUCGAUGGGCGGCCGAAUGUCAGUGUAAAGUAGUGGAGAGAAUGCUCAAAGAGCCGGAGCCAACUCCUUUUCUGCUCCUUGAAAACGUCGUCGCUCACUACACACGUCCGUGCGUUCUCGAUCUGAAAAUUGGGACACGACAGCAUGGAGACGAUGCGAGUGAAUCGAAAAGACACAGACAGUUGAUGAAGUGCAGACAUUCUACGUCGGCGACAUUGGGUGUUCGAGUCGUCGGAAUGCAACUGUAUGAGGCUGAAACGAAGAGUUAUACGUAUGUCGAGAAGCAGGAGGGACGAAGAAUCGACGCAGCUGGAUUCAGAGGAUACGUCAAGAGAUUUAUCAAAUGUUGUGGAAGAUCCAGGGCCGCCAGAAUCAGGCAGAAACUCUCGAAACUCCGCUCCCUUCUCGCCGAAUUCGAAGGAUAUAGAUUUUUCUCCGCAUCGAUUCUCAUCGCUUUCGACGCCGAAGCCGCUGAUUCCUCCAACGAUGACGCUGUCAAAGUUUGCAUAAUCGAUUUUGCGCAUUCCACUUUUUCUGGUUUCUUCGAGGAUCUCGCAUACUCUGGCGCCGACGAAGGAUGCUUGCUCGGUCUCGACAGUAUACUGGAUGUCAUGGAGCCGAAUGUGACGAAAGAUCCGGUGCCACCAGUGUCUUCUUCAUACGACAUCAAAAAAGUCAAUGCGUAA